GAGAGGAGUGUAGAGAACAGGCACACAGACUCUGGAAAGGAUCUCCUGCUUUAAGUAAGGCAUGACAUAAUCUGUGAAUCUACACAUACCUGCUUUGUGAUUUCAAAUGGGUGAAUUUGUGCUUAAGCUGUUUUGGUGGUGAAAGAGCUCUCAUUUACUUGCUUGAAGGAUAUUACUGGAUAUAAAUUCAUUUUCUUGAAGAAGGAUUGGUGAAGGAUGGACAUGUUCAACAUCAUAUGUGCAUCACCCAUAUGAAACGAUACAACUUUGUCAAAUCUCCUACAUUUUAGAGGGACCCUGCAGUUUUUCUUUGAGGGUCGUUACAACUUUUAAGACAACACUCUUAUGUACUAAUACUGGAGUGAUUCAAGAAUGAGCUUCGGAUAGUUGAAAGGACCUUUUUGGUUGUAUUUGGUUGGUUUCUGGAUUACACAGAGAAGGACCAGAGUUUGUCAACCUCCUUUUCUACGUAUAUAUUUGUCACUGUUUUGGGUUACUGUGACAGACAGAAACAGUUCCUCCUUCAAAUGAAGAUCUUGCUAAUGUUGCUAAUCCCACAAAUGCGACAUCAGAAGAUGAUGGGCAGGAUGCCACGAGGAGGAGAUAUUUAGAACCAAACCAUCUUGCCUAAGGAAAUAGUCUUUCACCUUUCAAAGCUGCUUACAAUAACUUACAAAAAGCACAAGCUGAAGAAGAGCAGUGCAUUUUUAACCAUCGUCUGCUCCAAACAUCUUAACAUGUUUUCCCCGACAACAGCCAUGCCUCCACCUCCACCACUCUUAGCAGGAAGUCCACUGCCUGUGUCUGGCGCACCAUCGACGGGUCCCUACAAAGAGCAUGACCUGCUGCGACAAGAGUUAAAUUCUCGGUUCCUGGCCUCCCAGACGGUCGAUCAAGGAGGCGCACUGGCCCCUCCAGCCUACCUGCGCACUGAGUUCCACCAGCACCAGCACACACACCAACACACUCAUCAGCAUACCUUCACACCCUUCCCUCAUUCCAUCACGCCCAACCCAGCAGCACCACUGGUGCGUACCCCUGCCAGACAAUUUGACAAAUACCCAGCUAAAGUGGACACCUUUCAAAGACACAGUUUGGUCCUGUCCUAUCCAUCAGUAAUGACUGGAAUACCUCCUAUGGUUCCACCUGCUGGACCAUUCAGCUCUCUCCAGGGAGCUUUUCAACCAAAGUCUUCCAACGCAUUAGAUGAGGUAGUAAGACAAGGAUCAAUGCCACACCAGCAUAUACAGAAGGAUUCCAGACCUCUGGAUCCCAUGUGUCCUAAACCAAAGAAACCUGGGAAGUGGUGUGCAAUGCAUGUCCACAUUGCAUGGCAGGUUUACCAUCAUCAGCAAAAAAUUAAGAAACAGAUGCAGAUUGAGCCACAUAAACUAGAAUUUGGGUUUAAGCCUGAGUUUCUGAAUCGAUCAUCUGGUUCGAGCUUCAUGGGUUUGAUACAGCAGCCACAUGACUUACCCCGCCCCUCCACCAUGCUGUCCAAUGCAGGCCACACACAUCCUACAGUUUCACCCUAUGGACAUUUACCACACACCCCCAACAACCUCCACAGUCUAGGCCCUCAUCAUGAAUCUCUUAAUAAGUCACUGUCCUUUGGAGGUCUAAGUACACUGAAUACAUCUGCUUUUGGAGGACUAGGAAACCCAGGACUAACACCGAAUGCAUCACAUGGCAUUAAAGAUGGUAAAACAGUGCCAACACCAAGUGGGCCACAGGAGCUCUGGAACAGACUGCACCAGACCCCCUCAUCCUUUCCUACACCCCCUCUGUGUCCAAGGACAUCUGAACCUGAGAGAGCUCCAUCUGUACCAGACAGAGCAACAAAUAAGAGAGACUCCAUACACAACAAAGAUGACCAGGAAAGGGAACCAAAAGAGUCAAAUGGGAGGCAUUUGUCCCCCAUCAGAAACAGUGCACUGGACAACAAACACUCAACAGAGUCCUUUAAAGGCCCUUCACCAGAUGGGCCAAGGGAUGAGGAUGGAGCUAGAGAGAAAAUGCAAGCUCAAGAGCAUCCGCAACAGACCUCAGAAACUGAUGAACAGAGGCACAAAGAAAUCCAAAGUGACAAAAGAGAGAAGGCCCUGAAGAGUGAGCACCAGCCCACGGAAGACAAACCUGCAGGAAAGGAGAGUUUAUCGCCAAAACAACAAAGAGAACAUCUUAAGCGGCCCAGUAGUGAUAUUCAGACCUGGGAGCCUGUUGAAAAGAAGUGCAGAGUUGAUUAUGAACCUCAAGGAAAGAGCAGCAAGGUGAGGAUCAAGGAGGAGAAGAGAGAUGACCAGGACAGGGAUGUUACAACCCCUCAGAAGAGUGUGGAAAAAAACUGGCAGGGUCCCAGAAUGCCUUGUAUGAACCCUUCACCUCUCUCAACUCUUUCUAUGCCAAUUGGAUUUCCCAGUGGACACCCCAGUCUUGACAGGACUCGACUGGUCUCACCUUUCCUGGGAAUGGGUCCUUUGCCUGGAACCGAGAGGCUGCCUUACUCCCCACAACAUUGGGAGUCUAUGCGGAACAUGUACAGGGGACUAGAACUCCCUCGGAGAGACUCCUUGGGCAAGGAUCUCUUAAUGAGAACUGACCCACUGCAACGUGCCAUGAUGGGCCACCCUGCUUACACACGGGACCCAUUCCUGCAGUCAAUGGCCCUGGAGCAGAGUCGUCAAUUGGAGGAACGACAGCGUCUGGCCAUCCUGAGGGAGGAGAGCGAGAGGAGUCGCCUUCUGGUCAUGCAUCGUACUGCACUGAAUCAUCACCUGCCUCCGACAGGGCUUCUCACGUCGGCUUACCACAGCACAGGGCUCCCGCAUGCCCCACAUUAUGGUCCUUUCAGUAGGACUCAUCCUGGAGCCUAUGUGCACGCCCAACCACACCCACAUUUCCCAGUGCUGGCUGCACGGCCAGGGUCUCCGAGAAGAAUGACCCCUCUUACAGACAGACCUGCGUCCCACCCACACAGAGACAAUGAGGCUUGGUGAGCUGGACUGUAUCUGGACUGACAGAUUUGCCCUAUAUCAAGCACUUGAUGUGAAACAAAGUGUAUUCAUGAAAUGUACAGUGGUGAAAGUCAUAAAAAUAUUCUUUUU